GCAACCUGCCCAUCGCGCCCGCGCCCUCCUCACGGGUCCUUCCCAGGGGCGCUCCUGCAGCCCGGCCCGGGGCCCCGGCCCCCCAGCCUCAAGCCGAGCCCCGGCUCCCGUUUCCCCACGUCCUGUCAGUAAGCAGUUGCCCGAGGGGCCGCGCCCUUUAGUGACCCUCCGAGGGGACGGCCCCCGGGAAGGUGCGCGCGUGUCCCUCCUAAUCCCGGCUGCGCCCGAGGUUCUCACCGUGUGACGGGGCCUCACUUGUGAACUUCCCGUCCGACUGCGUCUGUGCCUCUCUUGUCAUCAAAACUGCUUCUAGAAACCUCUUCCUCCUCAGAAACAGAAAGACCCAGAGCCUGUCAAGCGGGCCCGCCGCUGCCUCCCCUCUCCGCGGCCCCCAGCCCCCUUAGGAUUCCGUUUGCUCGCAGCUGCUUCCAUGGGGCCAGCAGUGGAGCCAGGGGAGCAGGCGGAGUGUGGGGGUUCUGAGACGGUCACAGGCCAGGGGACAGGACCGAGAAUAAGCAGUGACCUGUGUCUGGAGAGCAAGUCAGAGGAGGGCUGCUCCAUAUCGGAACUGAGGCUUCUCCUCCUAGGGAAACGUGCUGCAGGAAAAAGUGCCACAGGAAACACUCUUCUGGGCAAAGCUGUGUUCGAGUCCAAAUUCAGUGUGCAGAUGGUGACUGAAAUGUGCCGGAAGGAGAAGGGGGCCACAGGAGGGGGGCAGGUUGUGGUCAUCGACACUCCUGACCUUUUCUCUUCGGUAGCUGGUACCAAUGACAGGCAACGCAACAUUGAACACUGCUUGAAGCUCUCUGCUCCCAGUGUCCAUGCCCUGCUUCUGGUAAUUUCCGUUGGCAAUUAUACGGUGGAGGACAAAGAAACAGUCGAGGGCAUCUGGAAGUUGUUUGGAGCUGAAGCCAAGAGGCACAUCAUGAUUGUCUUUACUCGGAAGGAUGAAUUGGGGGAUGACUCCCUGCAAGAUUACAUUGAGAAUGACAGUUCUCUUAGGGAGUUGGUUCGAGACUGUGGACACCGAUACUGCGCUUUCAACAACAAGGCAAGUGAGGAGGAUCAGGCCACCCAGGUGAGGGAGCUCCUUGGCAAGGUCAAGAAUUUGGUGGAUGAGAACCGAGGACCACUUUGCGUGAACUUCAGAAAUGAAGGCAAUGGAUUCCAGGAUUGUGGGAAUGAAGCUACAUCUCAGAAGGAGGACAAUCCACAUGGGCCAGGGGAGAAGCAGCUGCAGGCUACAGGAUGUGAGCCCAACCCUGGAACGCCAGAACUGAAGGUCCUGCUUGUGGGGAAACGUGGGGCUGGAAAAAGUGCUGCUGGAAACAGCCUUCUGGGGAAGCGAGUUUUUGAGACCAAAUUCAGUGAACAGUCAGUAACCCAGACGUUUAGGUCUGAGAGCAGAAUCUGGAGAGAGAGGAAGAUUUCAAUCAUUGACACUCCAGACAUCUCAUCUUCAAAGGAUGUUGGAUCAGAGCUUUCGAAACUCAUCUUUCCAGGCCCCCACGCCUUCCUGCUGGUGACCCCCCUGGGCUCUUUCAGUGAGAAAGAUAAAGCAGUGCUGCGCACCACCCAGAGCAAUUUUGGAGAAGAGUCCUUUCGGUACAUGAUCGUGCUCUUCACCAGGAAAGAAGAUCUAGGAGAUCAGAAUCUAGAGCUGUUCUUAAAAAACGGAAAUAAAGACCUCAACAACGUCAUCGAGAAAUGUGAAAAGAGAUACAGUGCCUUCAACUACAGAGUGACAGGAGAAGAGGAGCAACGCCAGGUGGACGAGCUCCUGGAAAUGAUGGUGGGCAUGGUGCAGCGGAACGGGAACAAGCCCUGCUUCCUCAGAGGAAGAGAGGCCCUGAGCAUUAUCCUUGUGGGGAAGAGUGGGAGUGGGAAGAGUGCAACGGGGAACACCGUCCUCGGGAAGGACAAAUUCUUGUCUCAGCUUCGAGCGCAGCCUGUCACCAAGACGUGCCAGAGCAGAAGGAGGGCGUGGCAAGGGCAGGAGGUCGUGGUUGUGGACACUCCUGUGUUCUGCCUGAUGCCCGCUGCUGAAGGAGGUCCAUCCCAGCUAGAGCAGGAGGUCGAACGCUGUUGGUCCUGCUGUGGACAAGGGAGCAAGAUUCUGGUCCUGGUGCUCCAGCUGGGACGAUUCACUCAGGAGGAUGAAAAGGUGGUGGGGGACCUGGAGGCCAUCUUUGGAGAGGACGUUAUGAAAUACACUAUUGUGCUGUUCACCCGGAAGGAAGAUCUAGCAGACGAGAAACUUGAGGAGUACCUCAAGAACACGGACAACAAAGCUCUUAAGAAGAUAAUUAAAAAGUGUGAGCAGCGAGUUUGUGCCUUUAAUAACAAGGAAACUGGCCAAGCCAGGGAAGACCAGGCAAAAGAUCUUUUGCAAAAGGCCAACGAGCUGAUAGGGAGACGUGAAGGGCAGGGCUACCCUCAUCACUGGGAGACGGUCAGCAAAAAAAUGAAAAAUGCCCAGGCAAAGCCCAACACCUCAAAAUUACUAAAGAAUUUAAAAGAUAUGUUACUAUAGGUAGCUGAAAUGCCUAGGGUCUCUUUCACUUAGAGACAUCUGAGGUCGAGGGCGGGCAUGGGUGGACUGGUAGGCUGGGAAGAGGGUCCAUGACUUGGAGGGCUGGGGAGGUAGGUGCAUCUCACCUGUGAGGCGGCAGCUCUUUGUACGUAAAUAAAUUGUCAGGCUGCUGCAGGUGGUAGGGGAUUAUAAAGGAGAAAGAAGAGAUAACGUGGGUAAAUCUGGAAAAGGCUUCUGAGGCGAGGCUGAUGUUAAGGGUCAGAAUCAGGUACACGAGUCACCUUACCCGUGUAGGUGGAUUGGAGUCAGGACAGACACCGUGACCAAGGCCGAGGCCAGGCUGCGGCAGAACACAGAUCAUUACUCAAGAACCAGGGGAUCCAGGUAUGUCACAGCAAGGCACUGUCCAGCCAACUCCUGGGCAUGACAAGCCGGAGAAGCUGGACUCCUGUGGGCCUCCCAGUUCCCAGGCCUGCUUGCCAGGCCCGCUAGCCCCUGAGCCUGUCUCCGGUGGGGCAGGACUCAUGGUUAGCAGGUUCCUUUCCGCGUGUGGUGGCCACUCUUUAGUGCUCUCCUCCUUCCAAGCCUGAAUGGAAAGUGGGACCCAGCCUACCCUCCCUUGUUGUCUCUCAGGAAAUGAACACAAGACUGUGAGGUUUCAAAAGAUUUUAUUGCUAAUCAUCACAGUGCAAUACAAUAACACAAAAAUCAGAAGCAUGUAAAAUUGUCAAGAUUAGACAAUCUUGCAACGUUCUAAAAUUCUAACUAUAAUUCUAGAUUUCCUGAAGCAAAGCUUAUGGAAAACCUUUUUGCCCUUUUCUCCUUUUUUAUCCCUGAGGGUUAGGAAUUAGGUUAAAACUCAGAGAACUCAAACGAUGAUGGUUUAAACACAUUAGGGGCUUCUUGUGGUUCAUGUCAAGAAGUCCAGGAGUAGGCAGUCUGAGGCCAGUGUAGCAUCAACAUUCCAGCUUCAUUCCAUCUCUCUGCCCCAGCUUCACUGGCAUGCAGCCUCCAUACUGAAGGCUGCUUCUUGGUUCCAAGAUGGUGGUGUUCUACCCAUGGCCGAGCCGAUUAUACUGAGAGCUGCCUGAUGUGGUGGUGUAUGAGACGAGAAUGAUGGAGUCUUCUUCCUGGUUGAAGUCUGGUCAGAUGUGUUCACUAUUAGCCACUUUACACAUGCUUUGAGGACAGAGUCUAUGUCACCUGCUUUUGUUUUUUGAAAGGUUACCUUCAAGAUUAAUCCAUUUAUAAGAAGGUGGACAGUCAUCAUUAAUACUUUUGUCCCCUAUAUAACCCUUAAUAUGACAAAUUCUGGAAAAUAUGUGUGUAAAUAUAUUCAGUUGAGUGAAAUA